AUGGCCGUUUUGCUUCCCAAGUACCCAUCACCCAUGAAUCCUGCAAAGUACUCUCGACGCACUGCGACCUCAGUCAUGGCGGGCGCCUUCGAUAUACCACCACCGAGGGACGUGUUGACGAGCUUGUUAAAUGGGGUUGGUCCGUAUAAAGUCGUGGAGAAGGACGAGGAGCAGAGGCGCAACAGAAAGAGGGAGAAGAGGGAGCGCGAGCGGGAAAGGAAGAGGCAGAAAGCAGCGGGCAAACAACGCGAACCCUCAUUCAGCGAUCGUGGAAUUAGUGCUCAGACCCCCGCGCAGGUGGCGAGCAGCAGCAGCAGCGUCGUUCCCGCCGUCCCCCAGCCGCCUACCGCCACCACAUCGUCAUUCUGGCGCGCACGACCUGCCAUACACAUUCCUUCUAUGCCGAGGUCAUUGUCUGUGACACCGCCACCGUCGUUUCCAAUCCGCACGCCAUCCACGCCAGCGUCGACGCCAGGGCCGGACGACUCAUCCAGCACUUCGCGCACAUCAUCUAAGCGACCUAGGACACCCGAUGAUUUCGAGCCUAUUGAUACGGCACACGCGAUGGGCUCCCCGCCGCCUUCUACUCCCAGACAACCUCGGAAGCGACGGGUGGCAGUGAAGAAAGGAUGGAAGGGAUGGGUCGAGGGCUCGCCACCCCCGUCGGAGAAGCUUAUCAAUCUCGAUGCUGUGCCCGUACUGCAAGAACGCCGCACUCGCAGUGGCAAAAACUUCGACGCUAUUGGUGUUGGCAAGGAAGGCUGGGUCUAG